UGAUAUAGUGCCAUGUUAAUCAGCUCCUCGACCACAAAGCACACUAUACAAAGAUAUUGCAGUGACUUUCGCUACCACUAAAAAGUGAAGACAACCAAUUGCUGAAGGCUUACCUUGACACUAACUAUGGACUAUUGGAGUGCCUUGGAGGUGUACAAGGAGAUGCUGUUGCUCUACCUGGAGGAAGGCAGGCGGCUUGUGAACACCAACUGUGAGGCGCUGGAACCAUGGCAGAUCAUUGGAGCCACUCUCAUAUCUACCUUAGGAGCAGUCUGGGUCAAAGGCUUCCUGUUUCAGCAAGAAACCCUGACAUCCCGAAUCAAGAAGCAGUGCUUUCGACUCAUCAGAAAAAUACCCUUUGUUGGCGCGGCAAUCCAGACCCAGCUGAACAAGGCCCUGGAUGACAUGUCUGUCAGUCUUUGCGCACUGAAGGAGGGCAUGAACUACACCAAACAGCUGCCUGAACAAGGGCUAACACAAGCUGAAGUUCUAGACAGGAUCAGCGAGUACGAAACACUGAAUGAAGUGGAUUGGGAGAAAGGACGAGUGUCAGGUGCAGUGUACUGGGGAGAUCAGACACUUACCAAACUUUUGGUGAAGGUGUAUGGAGACUUUGCAUGGAGCAACCCACUUCACCCAGACAUCUUUCCUGGUGUGAGGAAGAUGGAGGCAGAGGUUGUAAGAAUGACGUGUACCCUCUUCAACGGUGGGCCCAACACUUGUGGCACAGUCACCUCUGGAGGAACUGAAAGCAUAUUGAUGGCAUGCAAGGCCUACAGAGACAUGGCCUAUGAGCGUGGUGUGAAACAUCCUGAAAUCAUUGCACCAGUCAGUGUCCAUGCAGCCUUUGACAAAGCAGCAAACUACUUUGGAAUGAAGCUUGUUCACAUCCCCCUGGACAAAAAUACAAUGAAAGUGGAUGUUAAGGCGAUGAGGAGAGCUAUCAGCAAGAACACAGCCAUGCUUGUAUGUUCCGCACCCCAGUUCCCGCAUGGAAUCAUUGAUCCUAUUGAGGAAGUAGGAAAGCUGGCUUUAAAGUACAACCUCCCUCUGCAUGUGGAUGCUUGUUUGGGAGGGUUUCUCAUCGUGUUCAUGGCCAAAGCCAAUUACCCACUGGCUCCCUUUGACUUCAGGGUAAAGGGUGUGACCAGUAUAUCUGCAGACACACACAAGUAUGGCUACGCCCCCAAAGGUUCAUCAGUGAUCCUGUAUAGUGACAAGAAGUACAGGCACUACCAGUACUUUGUGGCUCCAGACUGGCAAGGGGGCAUCUAUGCUUCCCCAUCAGUGGCAGGAUCUCGGCCAGGCGGUAUCAUCGCAGCGUGCUGGGCUACCAUGAUGCACAUGGGAGAGGAUGGCUACAUAAAGGCCACCAAGAAGAUAAUUGACACUGCACGUACCAUCAAGACAGAAAUCCGUAAGAUAAAUGGGGUGUUUGUGUUUGGAGACCCUGAAGUGUCCGUGGUGGCAAUAGGCUCUGACGUCUUCGACAUUUUUCGUUUAUCCAACGCACUGACUUCAAAGGGUUGGAAUCUCAACACGCUACAAUAUCCAUCCAGCAUCCAUAUCUGUUGUACUGUACUGCACACACAUGAAGGUGUGGCCAAACAGUUCAUCAGUGACAUCAAAGAGCAGGUGGCUCUCAUUUUGAAAAACCCCAAUGAGAAGACCACUGGAAUGGGAGCAAUCUAUGGCAUGGCCCAGUCCAUCCCUGACAGAUCCAUGGUGACCGAGAUCUCCCGAGGCUUCUUGGACUGCCUCUACAGCACAGAGGAGCCCAAGUCGUCUCAGCCUCAGAAGACCCAUAUGAAUGGCAACGGCAAGGCCCACUGAGUCAGGAGUAGGCUGGCUGUGGCCUGGACACACACCUGGGUCAUGUUCAUUAGGGAACAUAAUGGUAAGCGUUGUAAAACGUUUUGCAACGGAAAAUGAAAAGGAGCGUUUACUGGAUAAGCUCAAGUCCAUUUUCUUCAGGUCAGUGACUAAUGAACAAUGCCCUGGUUACCAGCCUGCCUCACCUCUGGUCCACCCACUACAUCACUCAACAUUUGCCUUAUCCUGCCCACCUUUUAUCUAUCUACUCACCUUUUUCAGAUAUGUUCUGAAGCACAAGCCAUUGUUUUUAGCUAUCAUGAGGAGAAUUCUUCAAAUAUGUAGAAAGUGAAAGCACCUAUUGUAAAAAAAUAUAUAGAAUAGUUGCUCAAACCAUUCAGGGGUUUUGGUCUGGUUGUAUGAAUUGUCCCCCACGAUGAAAUCAGGGAUGGGACUAUUGAUCUGUCUCUGUCCAUUAGUACAUUCAUACGUUAGUCACACGCGAUAUCUCAGACAGCACUGGCCCGAUUUUGACGAAACUUGUGUGAAUGAUGCGUCUGCCGUGAUAAAAAACACUUACUGCUACUCUUCUGACACCGAAUGAGCGAUUUGCAUGAAACUUAAUAUGUGACAUCUAUGAACAAAGGUCUCUCAGCGCAAUAUUUUACAGACUUGUACCUGAAACAUGGCCACUAUUGAGUCUAGCUAACCCACACAAUAUUUUGAUGAAACUUGGGGGAAUUAUGUCUUUUAGAAAAGUUUGUGGUCAUACGCACAUCCUUAAAAACGUAGGUGCUGGGCUAAUAAAUAAUACGUGUAAAUUCAGGAAAGCCUGCACACUGUUAAAGCUCCCAAUUCGCAGCUUUAUUGACAAGGUUUCGAUCCAAAACAGAUCUUCAUCCAGUCAAACAGACUGAGUGCUCACUCACAUCGCAAAAUAUACACAUUUCACCUCCCAUGACCAUUACACACAUGACGCAUGGUGGGUGUGGAAACAAUUCAAUUCACUUUUGCGCAUAGUCAAUCAUAUAAUUAAUCCCAGAGGUACUCAUAGUCAUAAAGGAUUACAUGCAUACAAAUUAAAACGUAGGCAACAGUGAAAAGAUUACUUUGGAAACUGUUGGAAUACCCAACCAUAUGACCAUUACGCGCAGGUCGUGCGGUGGCCGUAGAUAUAAUUACAAUGACCUAUUUCAAAAACAACUUGCCUACCUCUAAUAAUUUGAUAUCAUUGAGAUGGUCACAUGUAGUAGUU